AUGCUGGAGACCGUAUUGGACGAAGACACCGGAGGAGGGAUGAUCCACAGAAUGAGUGGAGGUAUUUACGCAGUCAUGCUGCGGUACGCCAUCUGGAACAACGCGGUAGGAGUGGUUUGCAUGCUAUUGUUUGGUAAGAUGAGAUAUUUGUACAACAAGCGCGAGCCGAGAUCCAUCUUCCCCCGCGCGAUCGCUGCAAUCGGGGGCCACGCAGAGAUUGUUGAGAUGCUCCUCCAAGAGUCCACCGAGCGCGUCAAGUCGGGUCUCCUCUUUCCAAUCACCCAGCAUCGCGAGAUCACUGCCGCGCUCUUCGACGCCCUGCGCAGCACGGACCCGGACGCCACCGUCGCACUGUUGCUGCGGGCCGGCGCAGACGCCAACGCCCCGAACAGCUGGGACAUACAUAACCCCCUUGAUGCGGGCGGUUACUACGAGAGACAUAUCAUGGAAGAAUUUGAUAACACAAGUACGCAGUGCUCAUGA